GGGUUCUAGUCCCGGUCAGGGCGCCGGAUUCUGUCCCGGUCGCUCCUCUUCCAGUCCAGCUCUCUGCUGUGGCUCGGGAGUGCAGUAGAGGAUGAGCCAAGUCCUUGGGCCCUGCACCUGCAUGGGAGACCAGAAGGAAGCACCUGGCUCCUGGCUUCGGAUCAGAGCGGUGCACCGGCCGCAGCGCGCUGGCCGCAGCGACCACUGUAGGGUGAACUAAUGGAAAAGGAAGACCUUUCUCUCUGUCUCUCUCUCUCUCUCACUGUCUACUCUGCCCGUCCAAAAAAAAAAAAAAAAAAAAAAAAAAAAAAGAAUCCUCUAUUUUCUCUAAGAAGGUAAAGAGAAUUCUAUUUUUUUAUUUUUAUUUUUUUGACACCUCCUAUUUUUUCAAGAUUUAUAUUUCUUUAUUUAAAGGGCAGAGAGAGAUCUUCCAUCUGCAGUUCACUCUCCAAAUGGCUACAAUAGCUAGGGCUGAGCCAAGUUUAAACCAGGAGCCUGUAACUCCAUCCAGGUCUCCCCCAUGGGUGGCAGGGGCUCAAGCACUAGUGUCAUCUUCCACUGCUUUCACAGGAGCAUUAUGAAGGAGCUGGAUUGGAAGUGGAUUAGCCCGGAUUCAAACUGGAGCCUAUAUGGGAUGCUGGCAUCAUAGGCAGCAGUUUAACCUGCUACAGUACAAUGCUGGCCCCCAUUUACCUUUUUAAUACCAUCAAAUAUAACCCAAAUCAAAAAACAUUUAUAAACUAGUGAAUAAGCAGUAUGUGCAAUUAAUGGUAUGUCCUUACAGUGGAAUAAUCUUACUAUUUAGCCAAAAAAACUGAGCAAUUCAUACAUACUACAACAUGUAUGAAUCUCAAAAUAAUUAUGCUGAAAGAACCACAGAAAACAUGAUUGCAGAAUUCUACAAAAUGCAAACUAUAGAAGCACAAAGCAGAUCAGUAGUUGCCUGGUGAGAAGGAGAUAUGAAGAAGAGAUUACCAAAGGGUGCAAGGAAGCUGUUAGGAUGGGGGAUAUGCUCAUUGUCUUGAUUGUAGUCAUGGUCUCAUUGGUGCAUACGUAUGUCAAAACUUAGCAAAUUAUACAUUUUACAUAUACAGUUUUAAAUGCAUGUCAAUUAUAUCUCCAUAAAAUAAAACCAUAAAAAGGGUAAAGAAAUAACAAAAAAAGAAAGCUAGGUUUCCAAAUGUCUAAAGCUGAUUUACAUAGCCUUAGUAUAAUAUUAGAAAGCAAAAGCAAUAUAAGAGUAAGCAUUUUGCUGGAUAACAAACAUUUUGCAGGAUAACAGUAAAAAUGUCAUUAGCUUGUUAUGAGAUUCAUAAAACCAAGUUCCAUUUUAAAAAUGCAAGUAGGAUCUUUCACAUGCUGGUCUGCUUUUAUAAUUCUACCUUUAAAGGAGAUAUCUUUUUUGUGCUACUUAUGCUUAUACCUGAACACACAAAACUGUAUUUGAUUUUUUUCACUUUUGUGACAUCUUGAGCUAUCUCAAAUUCAGAAGUUCAUCAUCUCUGCAAUGCAGCAAAAUUCAAUUCCAAAUUCAUUUUUGACAACAUUCGUGAACAAUAUCUUGUGAUUUUUGUGGAUGUGUCAACUAACUUAUCUCUGAUUAAAGUUCACAUUGCAUUUUCUGCAGUAGUGAACAUCAUCCUACAACCAAUGCCUUUGUCUCAUUAAACACUAAAAGAAUGCAUAAGACAAGGACUAAUUUAAAAGAACAAGAAGCAGUAAUGUCUGGCUACACCUAUGUAUUUUCACAAACUCCUGGGAUACCUAUGUACCCUGGGGAGACAUUAUAAAUUCUUGUUGACUACCACUGAUAAACUUAAUUAACUUACACAUUUUACUUAACCCAGAACAACAAGAGAACCAACAUGUGAUAUACCUUGAGAUCACUAGUUAGACAUGCUACCUGUGAUCUACCAUCCUCAGGGAUUUAAACUGCUCUUGAGCAAACAUACUUUAUAAAUUGAGACCUGGCAGCCACCAAGGGAGUGGUUAAAGUCUGCAUUUAUUGCUGAACUUUGGCACAACACUCACGACUGAUUGGUGGUGUUCUGGGAAUGGUUAGCUGGGUGGAGAUAAACAUGCCUCAGCAGAAUAAUUUAGUAUUAUUAGCAUGACAUUUGAUAUUAAUAACAUUAUAGUAAUCUGGGAUCACUGUUUCUUGAUUCAGAAAUCACAGAUUUUUUUUAACUUUUAUUUAAUGAAUAUAAAUUUCCAAAGUACAGCUUAUGGAUUACAAUGGCUUCCCCCCAUAACGUCCCUCCCACCCGCAACCCUCCCCUCUCCCACUCCCUCUCCCCUUCCAUUCACAUAAAGAUUCAUUUUCGAUUCUCUUUAUCUACAGAAGAUCAGUUUAGCAUACAUUAAGUAAGGAUUUCAACAAUUUGCUCCCACACAGAAACAUAAAGUGAAAAAUAAUAGAUGAUUUUUUUAAAUGAUGAUGAAAUCAGAUCAGACCUAUUGUCAUGUUUAAUCCCAGUGAGAGUCAAGUUGGGAAUUGAUAAUUUCUUCUUUUUUUUUUUUUUACAGAAGAUCAGUUUAGUAUACAUUAAGUAAAGUUUUCAACAGUUUGCACCCCCAUAGAAACACAAAGUGAAAUAUACUGUUUGAGUACUCGUUAUAGCAUUAAGUCUCAAUGUACAGCACGCUAAGGACAGAGAUCCUACAUGAGGAGUAAGUGCACAGUGACUCCUGUUGUUGACUUUACAAAUUGACACUCUUGUUUAUGGCCUCAGUAAUCUCCCUAUGCUCCAGUCAUGAGUUUCCAAGGCUAUGGAAGCCCUCUGAGUUCUCCGACUCUUAUCUUGUUUAGACAAGGUCAUAGUCAAAGUGGAGGUUCUCUCCUCCCUUCAGAGAAAGGUACCUC